AUGGAGCUUCCCUGGUAUUCUGUCCUUGUUCCUCUGCUUGUUUUCAUUUUCUUUCUUCACAAGUGGUUCUCUACUACUUCAAACACCCAAAAGAAGUUACCACCAUCUCCAAGAAAGCUCCCAAUCACAGGAAAUUUGCACCAACUUGGGUCGCAUCCUCACCGUUCUCUCCAUAAACUAUCUGAAAAACAUGGUCCAGUUACGCUACUUCACUUGGGCAGUAAGCCAGUUCUCGUUGCUUCUUCUGUUGAAGCUUCUCGUGAUAUCAUGAAAACUCACGAUCUCGUCUGGUCAAACAUGCCUAAAUCAAGCAUUGCUGAUGGACUCAUUUAUGGCUCCAAAGACGUGACCUUUAGUCCCUAUGGUGAAUACUGGAGGCAAAUUAGAAGCGUUAUCGUGCUUCACCUUCUCAGCAACAAAAGAGUUCAAUCUUAUCGUCAUGUGAGAGAAGAAGAAACAUCAAACAUGAUUGAUAAGAUCAGGAAAGGGUGUGAUUCUUCGAAUUCAGUGAUAGAUUUGAGAUAUUUUUUAAGUUGUAUGACUAAUAACAUAAUCAGCAGAGUGGCCAUAAGGAGGACAUACAAUAAAGGGGAAAGUGGAAUAGAUGCUAAGGCUACCCUAGCGGUUGCAAACUCCACUUCAGCAACUUUUUUACGUGUUGUGGGAAGUGAACUGAUCCAGAAAUAUUUGGGAGAUGGGCCUAAACUGGUCAGGGAGCUCUUCAGAGUUGCUGAUGAUCUCUCACCUUCAAUUGUCUUUAUUGAUAAAAUUGAUACAGUCGGCACAAAAAGGGAGGUUUAA